GUGCAACAAAUUAGUCGGUAGCUGAGCUUGGUCGGUUGGCAAAUGGUCAGUAUACGUACUGGUUGGUAAACAGUAAUGCAGGAUCAGCGAGUCGCCCGCUCCAAUGCGCGAGCGCCGCCUCACUCGCAACACAGACCCGAGUAAAGUCGCACCGCCGCUAUGUGUAUUAACGAAAACUAACAAAAUAUUGUGGAAGUGAUUGUUAAAAGUGAUUUAACAGUGAUCUAACCCCUCAGAUGCCAGUACGGCGUAAGACAUGGCACAUAACAGUUACGAGAUGAAGUCAAAUCGAUUGUCACGGGGCGGUUCUCUAUUUGGCGCUGAUCCGCAAGUACAACUAAAAUUGGCACUACAGAACAAUGACUUCGCGACAUUUAAAAAGCUGGUUAGCUACGGUGCUGUCGAUUUCGAAUAUGUCUACCAGUAUCCAGACCACAAAACCUGCCUCGAGAUGGCCGUCUCCGAGCCAAAUAGACAAGAGUUUGUAAAGCUCUUGCUGCAACAUGAGGUGGAAGUCAAUAAAGUUAACGAAACCUAUGCCGCUGCACCUAUACAUUUUGCUGUUGAAAAUGGUAACAAAGAAGCUCUAGCGACUCUUUUAGAAGAUGACCGUAUAGACGUGAACAUAAAAAGUAAGAGUAACACCGCUCUACUGAUGGCUAUUAAGAAAAUUGAAGAAUUAGACGAUGAUCGAGAAAAUGAUUUAGUUACGUAUGAAGACAUGGUAGAACUCCUCCUAAAAGCAGGUUGUAACCCCAAUUCUCCAGACUUAAAAGGCGUAACGCCUGUAUAUAGUGCUGCAAAGCAAGGACUUGAAAGAGUAAUAACUUUAAUUUUGGAUUAUUCUAGAUAUCCCGUCGAUAUAGACACUUAUAAAGACAGAAGAGGAAAAACUGCACGACAUUAUAUAAAAGAAGCAUUCCCGCACCUUGAAGCAAAGUUUGAAAGUAAUACAGCAGACACGGAAAUAGUGGACGCAGAUAUAUUAUUUUCGUUUCUGAGCCGACAUGAAGAAGAUAACUUUAUAAGAAACUUCACCAAGCUUGCCAAUAAGAAUGACCAUCGUUCAGUUUUAGCUGCAAAUAAUGGUUUUCACACAAUGCUGCAAUUUGCUACUGAGAAGGGUUUUGACAGAGCUAUAAGAGUUUUACUUGAUCACGGAGCCGAUCCAAAUGCAACCUGUUCGAGUAAUACAAGUAGACCCGUAGCAAUAGCUUGUCAAAAUGGAUAUUUUAUAAUCUUAAAAAUGUUCAUUGACAACGAAUCCACUUUAUUUGAACCGGUAAAUUCAGAGUCCCUUUUGCAGGUUACCAUUAAGGGUAUGCGGUCUUAUACUGAAUCUCCUAAGGUUAAUUUCAAGGAGUGUUUAAAAUUAUUACUUAAACAUCCUAAAAUUAACAUAAAUGUCAAUCACCUCGACAUGAAAGAUAAUACGGCAUUACAUUAUGCGGCUAGAAACGGUGACAACGAUACUGUAUUAGAGCUACUUAGAAAAGGUGCUUGUGUAGGGCUACGUAAUAAAUUCAACGAGCCACCGCUUGCAGAUAUUAACGCAAAAACUUUAGAAACCUACCUGGAUGAAUGCAUUACAACGAAUAGUGAGCGACCUAGUGAUGACGAUUACGAAAUUCACAUGAAAUAUAGUUUCCUAGUUUAUCCGAAUAAUUCGUUAGAAAACGAAAUAAGCAAGGUGCCUCUAAUGGAUAACACUAACAAUAACGUCAAAGAGUAUGAUGCUAUUUUAGCACCAGAAACAGACGCCCUUUUGUACAUGACACGGAAUGAAGAUUUACGUCCACUUUUAAAACAUCCAGUUAUCACCAGUUUUCUAUAUUUGAAAUGGCAACGCAUAAGUUGUCUGUUUUAUGCUAAUAUCACAUUUUAUUCAUUUCUAUGGUUAUGCUUAAUCCUUUACAUAAUACUGGGAUAUGGUGUAGAGAAAAAGCAAGCAGAUUCAAUAGAAGCUUUGAAUAUUAUAACCCACGUUGGUGCGGUCAUUGGUCUAAUUCUUUUGAUAUUUAGAGAGGUAUUCCAGCUACUGGUGUCACCGACGAGGUAUUUGCAAAGUAUUGAAAACUGGAUGGAAAUAGCAUUGAUAUUUGUCACAACUUGGAUAGUGACCCACGACUCGGCAGCGGAGUCCACGAAACAACAACUGUCUGCCGUAGCGAUUCUGUUAUCUUCAGCUGAACUCGUACUACUAAUAGGUCAAUUUCCGACCUUAUCAACAAACAUCGUCAUGCUGAAAACCGUAUCGUGGAAUUUCUUCAAAUUUCUUCUGUGGUAUUGCAUAUUGAUUAUCGCAUUUGCUUUAAGCUUUUAUACAUUAUUUAGACAGGAAGAGAACGAAGAUCAAAAAGUACCAGACCCGAACAACACGGGCAAGGAAGAAGAAGAGGAAGACUUCUUCGAAGAUCCGGGGCGAUCUUUAUUUAAAACCAUUGUAAUGUUAACGGGAGAAUUCGACGCAGGGUCAAUCAAAUUCAGUACAUUCCCUGUAACCAGUCAUGUUAUUUUCAUUGUAUUCGUUUUUAUGAUACCCAUUGUGCUUUUUAAUUUGUUAAAUGGAUUAGCAGUUAGUGACACACAAGAAAUAAGAGCCGAUGCUGAACUCGUCGGUCAUAUUUCUCGAGUCAAACUAAUAUCAUAUUUUGAAAGCGUCCUUAUUGGAAAUGCAAGGGCAUUUACUAAACCGUCUAGAGGUUGGUCUUGGCUUCCCUCAAACCUACAGAAUUUAAAUAUUAUUAAACCGAAAAUGUUUUUUAUCAAACCUUUCGCUAAAAGAAUUAGCCUGUUUCCACACUUUUUGCCAAAAUACAGAAUAUUGGUUAAACCCAAUCAGAGCAAUAAAAUAGAGAUACCUCAUGCGGAACCUCUUGGUAAGUUUGGAGACGAUUACGAAGAUGUAGAAGGUGGUGGUUGUUGCUUUGAACGCUGUCAAAAUUACAAACUGGAUCGCAUGAUAGUUAAGAGGGCUAAACUAGUGAUCAGCAAAAGAACUAACAUCUCUGAUAUUGUUGAAAUUAAAGAACAAUUAUGUCAAGUUGAAAUGAAAAUCGAAGGUCUUGAGAGCACAUUAAAAAAGGUGCUGCAGGCUUUAGAGUCUGACAGAAAGUAUUAAUAAAUAAUUACUUUAACUUUCUCUUUUAUGAGUCGCAAGUUUAAAUUCCAGUAUUCACUGUCCAUUAUUUAAGAUGUUUUGUGUAAUUUAUUUUUGUUAAGUUUAAAAUUAAAUAGCAUACAUGUAAUUUAUUAGGGAUCAGACUUAUAUUAUUAAAGAUGGAUAUAAAGUAUUUGCUUUUAGAAAUCGCUCUACAGUUUUUCGAACGUAACAUGAAAUAGUAUAUAUAGACAUUGUCCAAUAAACAUGCAUUUAUAUGUA